UGUCUGACUGCUUGUUAAAGGGCAGUCUGUUUUGCAUUGUUGGUGAUAAUUUGGGACCUCACAGCAUUGGAGGAUUUCCUGAAAAUGUCAGUAGCAGUGAGUAUUUUUGUAGAUACUGCCUUGUAAAAAGAAAUGUCUUUGUAAGAGAUGAUUGUGCUACGGGUCCUGUGCGUUCAGUGGAGCAGCACAAUGUGGCAGUUAACAUGACACGAGCUUCUGAGAUUUCAGAAGUUGAAGGAAUAUGAGGAUAUGUUUAAAGUCAUGAUCUGUUCGAAGGUGUAGUGUCCAGUGAUUUGGCCCUGUGCCUGAAGUACUUUGUACAUCUUAAAAAACGGUUUUCUGUUUCUCAGUUAAAUAGACGCAUUGUGCAGUUCAAGUAUGCUGGGUCAGAUGCCAGUUCCAAGCCUUGUGAGUUUGGAGGGAAAAAUGAUAAACUUGGUGGACAGGCAGUACAAAACUGGAAUUUGCUGAGACUUUUACCUGUGGUAGUAGGUGACAGAAUAUUAAACUACAGCGAUUCUGUUUGGCAGCUUGUACUGCAGCUUAGAGAAAUUGUAGCAUUAGUAUGUGCACCACAGAUAUCUACUGCACAGGUUGCAUACUUGGAAGUGAUUAUAAUGGAAUAUCUUGAAAUGAGAAAAGAGUUAUUCCCUGAAAAGCCCCUGAAACCAAAGCACCAUUACUUAAGACAUUAUGCUGCUUUAAUUCUUAAAUUUGGUCCACUUAUACACUUAUGGGCAAUGAGAUUUGAAAGUCAACAUUCCUAUUUUAAGAGGUGUGCUAGACGUUUUCAGAAUUUCAAGAACAUUUGUCAAAGCCUUGCUGAACAUCAUCAGCUACUUCAAGCCUAUCUUUUUUCUGGGACUUUCUUUUCUGUUGACUUAGAAAUAAGGAAAAGUAUUCCUUUUUGUGCCAAUUUGUACAAUGAAACUGUGCUUAGAGCAUUGGAGGGCCUUGAUUUUGAUGAGACAGAUACAGUUCUGUCAGAGGAGGUGCAAUUUAAAGGUACACUAUACAAAAAGGGAUUUUUCGUGAUUCUAAAUAAAGGUUCAGAUUUGGAAGUUGGUGAAAUUGAGAUAAUGGUAAUCAAGGAUAGUAAAAACCUGCAUUUUUUUGUUAGAAAAUAUUAUUCUGCAUUUUUACCACAUCUUGGUUUGUUUCAGAUAUACCAGGACGCUGAGUGUACACAGUCUGUACCUUUUGAAUGUCUUGGUGACUUUUAUCCUCUGCCAGCUUACGGAAGUCAUGGAACUUCCAUCAUUUGCCUGAAACACAUGCCAUUAUCAGUUUAAUAUUUAUUUUAAAUCACACGGGGGAUGUACAAUAUAUUGUUUAUACUGUUUGUAAAUAGACUUUUUUUGACAGAUUAGAAAACAUACCUUUCUUUACAGUUACAAAUAUGGAACAGGACAGAAAUUGCACUCAGUUGUAUGCUUUCAUCAGAUCAGUUUUCCCAAAUUUGAACAAUGAAGAUUUGAAUGUUAUUGUAGAGAAGAUUCAGGAUUUGGGAGUGUACCACACAGAAGAUGUCAGGUACAUAAAGGAGGAAGAACUGCUUGGCGUUCUGAAACCAGUUCAAGCACGGAAAUUGAUUUCUAGCAAUUUAGUCACAAUCAGUGACACAUGCUUAGCAAGUGAGGUAUCUGUGUCUGCUCUUCCAGCAUCACCGUGUAUCAUUUUUUGUGGAGACUCUCUGCUGACUGCAAGUUGCUUCAUGUUAAGUGUUGAUAAAAAUGUUGUCAAAGAGAAUAUUCCAGUAUUUUUAGAGGCCUUCGAGAUGAUGUUUGCUGCUUACUACAUUUUCAAUAUUCAGUAUCCAUCUGAUGUAGGAUCAACACUGGAAUUCAUACAAAGUUUUCAGAAAUUGGCUGUACUGGAAAGUUACAAGUCCCUUUUAUGGUGUGACCAAUGCAGAAGCAAUGUCCAACAAUUAACAACCGUACUGGUGGUGUUUUGCCAACAUCAACCCAGAAAGAGGCACAAAAGUUCACCGGAGCAAGUCAAAGAAACAGUAUGCUGUAAACCCAAGAGUGCUCACCUUAAUUUCUGCAAUUGCAGAUUUUGAAUGGAGGCAAUGAAAUCAAAAGUAUUGACUGAAAAAGGUAUUGAUGACUUGAGCCUUGAAAUUGCACUAUUUGAAUGGCUGAAGUCAAGCCUGAAAGAGUUUACUACGGGUUCAAGGUUUUUGACUUGUAAAGAGACAGUAAGGGCAAAUGAUGUGCCUCUUUGAGUAUUAAUAGUCCAACAUCAUGCCUUCUGUAUCUGUAUAUACAUCAUUGAGGUAUUCAAAGUUGAACGUUUGUUGUGUCACAGUUAAUGUGGUGGUUAGUGAAAACAAAGCAUACUUUAUACUUUAUAUGUAUAUAUAUAUGUGUAUAUAUAUAUAUAUAUG